CUGCGUGCGCUAGUAGCUAUCACCCUUGGAUUGCAGUCACUUCGGGUAUAGUACCUCCAUAAACUUUGAACGGAUUACACUGCGCACUUUGCAAGCUGUCACGAAGAUGUUCAACGUUUUCAGAGAUUUAGGAGAUUUUCUCCAUUUAUUCGCAAUAAUUCUGCUGCUCGUGAAGUUUAUUCGCACAAAGUCAUGCGCAAACAUCUCUGGAAAAACCCAAAUUUUGCACGCGAUCGUAUUCAUGAUGCGCUAUUUGGAUGUGUUUGAGACGUCAUAUGGGUCAUAUUCGUGCUGUUAUUACUACAUCACUUCGAUGAAAGUUGCAUACGUUCUGCUAUCACUGCUGACUGUAUACAUGAUCUACGGACCGUACAAGAAAACCUACGAUCGCGAAAAUGACACCGUGUACAAUGACUUCCUUAUCGUGCCCUGCAUCGUGCUAGCAACGUUCCUAUCCAGCAUUUGUUCCCCAAUAGAAUUCUUGUGGACCUUCUCGGUUUUCCUGGAAGCGGUGGCAAUUGUCCCCCAACUGGAUCUACUGUGCAAGAUCGAUUACGUGGAUAAUUAUACGACAGCCUACCUGAUACCAUUGGGGAUGUACCGAGUGCUUUACAUUCUGAACUGGGGCUAUCGCUAUCACUACGAAGGAUACUAUGAUCAAAACAGCGUUUAUUCUGGGUUUCUGAUGGCUGUAGUGUUCGCAUUGGUAUUUGUACGUUUGUACAUACUGAAGCGUCGUGAACAUCGUUCGAUGAUCACUAUUGUGGAAUAAGUGAUGGUAUAAUAAUUUUAGCUUUUUUGUUAUAAGUUGCCUACAACACAGCUAAUAUUCGUAAUGCAAAAAUACAUUUGAAGAUAAAUUUAUUAAAAUUUUCAUCGCAUUGAUUCUUUUUGAGACAGGAUGAUUAGUGUAUAUCAAAAUGUACCUUUUGAAAAAAUCAUAUUAUUUAGAUCUAGAGAGUAUUAUUAUUUGCCUUAUUAUUUAAAACUGUACCAAAUCAUAUUUGAAAUAAAAAACAUCCGUUUCUCUAUCCUAUUUCUUAUACAGGGCUG